AUGCCUACUCCAGAGUCCGAAGCCUUCCUCCGGAAGAAGCCCACUGUCCCACCUUCGUACGAGGGUGUGGAUAUGGGAGAUUUUGAGGCUGUUGCCAAUGUCAGAGAUGCCAUCAUUCGAGAGCAGUGGGUACAGGUUAUGAUGGCACGGCUAGUAAGAGAAGAGAUGGGCAAGUGCUAUCACCGAGAAGGAGUCAAUCACCUUGAAAAGUGUGGUAAAUACAGAGAACGGUAUUUACAGCUUCUAAAGACAGCCAAGGUCCAUGGUUACAAGGGAUACGAGCAGAAUUAUCUCCAGAGCACAACCGACAAAAACUACAUCGAGACUGAUUACCCAACAGUCACGCAAGCGAAAGGCGCCAAAGGAUCGGACUUCAGAUUGGGCAACACGAUUGGCGCGAAGGGCGAAAGAUUCUAA